AUGAGAACAAUGAGGGGUGACGCUGAGGAGGGACAACUUCAGAGAGAAGAGGGGGCCGUGGGCUGCCGGGGGGGGCGCGGGCUUGCAUGGCAGGAAUUAAAAGGGGUCGUGGCUGUGGCCUCGGGCAGUGACACGGAGGACGAUGACACCAUGGAGGUGCCGCUGGACCUGUCAGCGGCGGGCACAGGCAAGCGGCGGCGCCGCGGGAACCUGCCCAAGGAGUCGGUGCAGAUCCUGCGGGACUGGCUCUACGAGCACCGCUACAACGCCUACCCCUCCGAGCAGGAGAAGGCCCUGCUGUCCCGCCAGACACACCUCUCCACCCUGCAGGUCUGCAACUGGUUCAUUAACGCACGGCGCCGGCUGCUGCCCGACAUGCUGAGGAAGGACGGCAAAGACCCCAACCAGUUCACCAUCUCACGGCGUGGCACCAAGCUCCUGGAGGGCAGCCUGCUGGUGGAGCCUGCCAUGGGCACCAAGAACUACAUCCCCCUGCUGGAGGAGGCAUCCUUCCUGUCCGGCGCCGCCACCACCGCGCUGGGCAAGACUCUGUCCUCCGCUAAGCCGGCGCCAGGCGCGCUGCUGGCCCGGCCCUCCGUCAUCUGCCACACCACUGUGACUGCCCUCAAGGACACCCAUCCCUUCCACUUCUGCCAGCCAGCCGAUGUCGGCCAGCCCACGGACCUGCCCCAGCCCCCAGCCACCACCAGCUUGACAGACAGCUGCCUGUCCUCCCAGGAGGACCCAUCCAGACUGGCGCCCGGCGCGGCCGCGCAGAGCGGCCUCUUUAACACUCCGCCGCCUACCCCUCCCGACCUCAACCAGGACUUCAGCAGCUUCCAGCUCCUGGUGGACGUUGCACUCAAACGGGCAGCAGAGAUGGAGCUGCAGGCAAAACUCAUGGCCUGA